CCACUAGAAAAGGCUCCCAGCUAACUAUUCAAUGUAUGACUGAUGCGUUCCUCUGGGGUAUCACACACAUCUCGAGCUGCCCAAACAAGUUAAUAUUGGUAUGUAUCCAAGUCAAUAAAGAGGAGAGGUGUACUAACAUUUUCAUGCAGUAACAAAACGUAUAUAAAAAUAUAUUAUUGAUCUCACAGCACAUCAUGCACCCACCUUCAAUUUCUCAUAGACCUUCACAGAUCUCAAAGGAAGGUUUGAAUUAAUGGAGAAGUUUUGGAAACCUUUCUCCCAAGAGGAUUUUAUGAAGUGCCCCUUCUCAGUUUAAUUUGCAUAAUCCAGGCAAUAUGUAACCCUGUGAGUACUAUUAAAGUGCAACCAAUAAUCCUUUGUAAGGAUAAGGCAAUAAACUAGUUAUUAGCAAUAAGAAACACAAACAGAAAAAAGUUCUGACAGUUUUGUUGUCACUGGUAAAUUGUCAGUUAUGUGCUGCUGUAUAAAUGGCAUACCUGUUAUAACAUUUUUUAUUUUUUUUUAAUAAAACCUGCAAAUCAGCUAUCGCAGAGCAGAUUGUCUAUUUCUAAUACACGGUAGAUAUAGACAGACCCUUAAGCAUGAUUCACAGAGACAGCAGGGUAUACCCCUUUCAUUAUAAGAGUUCCUAUGGAAAUAGCAGUUUGUGAUCCUUGCCUGAAGAGCUAGCACUCUGAUUCUCAGUUAGGGGGAUUAAAGGUGCGUGCGGGAGCAGAUGCAGAGCAGGACGAAUAGUAGUGAGCUGUGUCUUAGUGAACUAGUCUGUUCUUCUCACAACCCCUCCUUCCCACACACCCACCUCUCUCCCCCGCCCAGCUUCAAUUAAGCAAAAAAAAAUCCCUUUCUCGUUUUUCCUUCAGUCACAGUAAGGGGAGUGAAGAUCACAGGCAAGAAACUUGGCCAGCAAGGAAGUUCAGCGACUGCUGUACCUGCAGACUUGGUUCCUUGAUUUCACAGUAAGGAAGCAACAUCCCACCUAGAGCUGCCACUAAUUAGAUUUCAAAGCUGGGGUAACCUGCACAGUACAGCCACCAGGCAAACAUGCCAUCUGUACAGCAGGGGUGUUGUGGAGCCCCCCAAGGCAAGAGAGUGUGCUCAGAGUGAGAACUACUAGAGAUGUGCUGGACAAUAAGGCCAUAAAGAAAGAGGGGCUUUUUCUAUGGACUCAAGGGAACAGAAUUGGAUUUCAGCUGCUGCUGCUGUUGUUGUUGUUCCGCCUGAGAGUUGUGUGUGAUUGACUGCUGCCCAGAGUACAGGAGGAGCUGCUCUCCCAUCUCCUGUCAGGAGCAGAAGACAGCCCAGAAGAAACAGGCUGAGCCACAAGUCCAGAGCUGGUCUUAAUGCAAACUAUUGGAGUGCAGGAGCGGAUUCUGUUUUCCCAAUAGAACCCUGAGUGUUCAGCUGGGAUUGGAGAAGGUUACAAAGUUUCACAGCUAAUUCCUUCAGGACUAAUUCAAGGAAGUGCUCUGGAUUUUCUCUCGUAUUCACCUGUGCCAUGAGUGGAUAUUAAUCCUGGGAGAUAGCAAGCAGGACAGGUAAUGUGUUAUUUAAUAGUGUCUGAAUACUGAAUGAUGUGUUUUGUUAAUACCUUGUCAUUUAAAACUGACAUUUAUUUUCUUUGUGUGCCUCUCCGCAGCUACCUAUGUGGAGUUUAACUUUGCUCAACCAUAAGCACCAGUGACGAAGCAAGCUGUCAGUCAUAGAAGGAACCAUCGUGGAUUAUCUGAAGCUGGUGGAGAUGUCUAAACCUGUGGACCAUGUGAAGAGGCCCAUGAAUGCCUUCAUGGUAUGGUCCAGAGCCCAGAGGAGGAAGAUGGCCCAGGAGAACCCCAAAAUGCACAACUCUGAAAUCAGCAAAAGACUGGGGGCUGAGUGGAAGCUGCUGACAGAGUCUGAGAAGAGGCCAUUCAUUGAUGAGGCCAAGAGGCUGAGGGCUAUGCACAUGAAGGAGCAUCCGGACUACAAGUACCGGCCCCGCAGGAAGCCCAAGACCCUUCUGAAGAAGGACAAGUUUGCCUUUCCCAUGCCCUACAGCAUCCCAGGGGACCAUGAUGGACUGAAGGCAGCCAGGCUGCACGGGGCCGGGGUUCUCACCGACUCCCUACUCUCCAACCCAGAGAAAGCAGCAGCUGCGGCGGCGGCAGCUGCAGCCAGGGUCUUCUUCCAACCCUCGGCGGCGGCAGCAGCAGCAGCAGCGGCGGCAGGAGGCGCCACCAACCCUUACUCCCUGUUUGACCUGAGCUCAAAGAUGGCCGAGAUCACGUCCUCCUCAUCCUCACUCUCCUAUGCCUCCUCUCUGGGAUACCCUCAGUCUAGUGGGGGCGCCUUUCCUGGGGUAGCAGCAGCUGCUAGUGGGGGUCACACUCACUCCCACCCCUCUCCUGGAAACCCAGGGUACAUGAUCCCAUGCAACUGCACAGGCUGGCCCAGCCCCGGAUUGCAGCCUCCUCUGGCGUACAUCCUGUUCCCAGGCAUGAGUAAACCCCAGUUGGACCCUUAUCAAGCAACAGCUUAUGCAGCAGCAUUAUGACAGCAGGGCUGCCCGACCAAGGGCACUGGGAUCCCAGCUACCAGGUAUGACAUGAUGUGGGACACAUGAACUUCAUGCUAAGCCUGGAUCCCACCACUGGUGGAGUGUGGAGUGUACCACCCACCGUUUUUGGCCAUGCUGACUUAUUAUGCUGUGAAAUACAAAGGAACUAUGGAAGAAUGUGAGGUGUUAAAAUAUGUCAUCACUUCACAGUGGUCAAUUGCACAUGUCAUUUUUUUUUUUUUAACUUAAAGUAUCUUUAGGAGAACUGUGUACCUGUGACAUCUUCAGAUGUUCUCCUGGAUGAAACACGGUGCAAAGCUCUCUGUGGGUGCUGAAGUGGUUCUUUACAAAAUUACAAUAAUCAUAAACUAAAGCUAAAACACAACAACAAUAAAAACAUUUCAAAAAGUCAUACUUGGCCUCUCGUUGCACUUCUGCUGGUGAAGUUUUGGACUUGACUUGAGCUUGAGGCUGUUCAUUUUUCCGAUACCUGCAUGCACAAGAUGGACAUAGGUAAAAGGGGAAAAAACAAAUAAACCUAAAAAAGAGGUUCUCUUAAUGCUGAAACAAUUAGUAAAAGAGGUCCUCACACCUCAAAUAUCUCUCCAGUCACUGGUGUACCAUAAAGAGGAGAAGAUCUGGAUAAUCGCUGAUUUGCCCAAUCUGCACUCUGCUGAAACAUGGUUAGAAUUUAAAAUGGGGAUAAAACUUUGUUCAACAAGACACAUUCCAUAUCUUAUCAUUCGUGUUCUAACACACAGGAAAUGUAACUUCCCAGCCUCUCAAACUGACAACCCUUUCAAUUCAUAUAGUGAAACCUGUCGUACUGGAAAGGAACCCAGGAUCCAAAGAUCACACUGUAAUGUUGUAAAGAUCUUGGGUCCAUGAACAAAUAUUGCUGCUCUUGUGUCCCCUACUCGAUUUAGAACUUAUCAACACAAAAACAAACAAAAAGUCCUUUUAUAGUAUGUGGCACAAAAAUUAUACAUUUGUUUUUAGCUAUUUCUAGGUUGUUUUUUUUUUUUUUUGUUCCUCCCUCCCCCCUUCCCCUUUCUGAUAAAAGUAUAUUUAUUACUUAACUCUGGAAAUGAUAUUUCUUCUCCUUUUUUUGUCCUAAAUGGGUCAGACUUGAGAUGUUUUGUGUAUUUUAAGAUUUGAUCAUGCCAUAUUUUUUUUUCCUCAAGUUGAAUUUCCAAUUCAGUGGCAGGUUCUUAUUAUAAUUAUGAUGAUCUAAUAAUUUAGACAAAGUUUCCUUAAAGUCAUUGUUCAGUUCUUAUCGGUUUACUUUUGUAAUGUGUACAUUUUGACUAAUAUUUGUGAAUGAAGCUGGCUAACCUGUAUUUAGUUUUAUUUUUGGCUUUCUGUAAUACAAAGUAAAAAAAAAAAAUAUUGGUUCUAACAAUUUGAUUUAAAUGUCUUAUUUGUGUGUGAGUCAUUGGUUUAAUAUUAGAUGACAAACUAUGUGGAUGGAGAUGUAAUGCUCUCUUCAGCUAUGAACAAAAGAAUUGCAGGCAAAAAAAAAAAAUCUAUUUCUUGUUGAAUAUACUAACAAGAUUUUUAUCUGAAUUGCCCUUACUUGCUGGUCCAGGUGAAGUGUAAGGUAUACUCUAAAGACUGCCUUUGUUCCCCUCUUGAAUGGAUUUACCAGGAAAUCUAAAUCAAGCCAUUGUUAUCCAGAGCCAAAAACCUGAUUUAUCACAUUUUUAAUCGUGAAUAGGAAAGAAGAUAAAAAACAAGUCGUUGUAUUAUCUUAAAAAAGGCAUUCAUGAUUCAGCAGAACAGAGGCCACUAAGAACACUGAGCCGGUUCAGGCCAUUGUGAGGUUUCCAGUAACGUUCUAAAGUAGAAAGUUUCAGUGGAACAUUAUCUUGUUAGCAGGAGACCUUACUAUUAAAUUCGUGUCAUAAAUGCCAGGAUAGUUCGGGCACAUGAUUGGC